UCCCAAGAACUCGUUACCCUCACAGUUGAUCACCUUCUCAAGUUUAAAGCUGCGAAAAAUUUUUAUGAGAAUUCACAACCAAUUACCUCUUUAGACUUCGAUGACACAGGCGAAUUUUGCGUAACUGCCUCGGCUGAUGAUUCGAUUAACCUUUACAAUUGCCUUCAAGGAAGUCCAAUUAAAACUAAUUCUUAUUUAAAACUUGAUAAUAGAGUGGUCUCCUUGGAGAUGUCUCCCUCUAAUGACCUGUUCUUAUCUGGAAGUAUAAACGAAGGAGUAAAAUUAUGGGACUUAAGACAACCUAAUGAAAUUGGUUACCUUCACAUUCAAGCAGGGAGGCCUUGCGUAGCAUUCGAUCCCUCUGGACGCGUGUUCGCGAUUGGUCUUCAGAAUCUUGAUAACUCU